GUAGAUUGGGGGGCCUGAGAUUUAUCUAGUGGGGUUAUAGCCACUGGGCUCCAGAAAAGGGUAUGGGAGAGGUAUCCUGCACGUGUUAAGAAGCUAGGCGUGGAUGCACAGCAGCAACAACUACAUAGCCAACAACAAUCGGUUUUAUGAGUGAAAAUGGCGGCGUUAGGACGACAUAUCAUGCGAAGGUUGCACAUAACUCGAAGCAGGCACCAGUGCACUGUUUCAGAAGUCAACAAAAAUCUUUCAGGGGAUGAACUGUUGCUUAAAUAUACUAAACCAGGUGUUGCUGUUAUUGGCAUCAACCGACCAAAAGCAAAGAAUUCAUUGAGCUUUGGUUUUAUCAAAGUGCUUGAAGAAAUCAUAGAUGUGUUGAAUAAGGACCAGUCGCUUCUUGUUGCUAUUUUGAAAAGUGAAGUUCCAGGCGUUUUCUGUGCUGGUGCAGAUUUGAAGGAGAGAGCAAAAAUGACAGAGGCAGAUGUUCCAAAAUUUGUUGCCAUUGCCAGAAACUUAUUCAACGAGUUUAGUAAAGUGUCAAUUCCAACAAUAGCAGCCAUAGAUGGAGCUGCUCUUGGAGGUGGGCUGGAGCUUGCACUUGCAUGUGACUUGAGAGUUGCUUCAGACAAUGCAAAAAUUGGUCUCCCAGAAACAAAACUGGCAAUAAUACCUGGUGCAGGAGGAACACAAAGACUACCAAGACUUGUUGGACUUUCCAAAGCAAAAGAGCUCAUAUUUACUGGAAAAGCAUUAAAGGGUGCUGAUGCAGUCAAAUAUGGCGUUGUUGAUUACUCUGUUCCACCAAAUGAAGCCGGUGAUGCAGCAUAUCAACGGGCGUUGCUGCUUGCCAAUGAAAUUCUUCCACAAGGGCCUGUUGCUCUCAGGGCAGCUAAAAGAGCGAUAAAUGAGGGGAUUCAGGUUGAUAUUGACUCUGGCCUUCUCAUCGAGGAAUCAUGUUAUGCACAGAUUGUCCCUACAGAGGAUAGAACUGAGGGUCUGCGAGCAUUUGCCGAAAAGAGAAAGCCUAACUAUAAGGGACGUUAGCAUCUCUUCUUAUCACACUAAAAAUGCACCCAACUUUUCAAUAAAUGUGUUGAUAUGAUAAAAACUUACGCAAUAUUUAAAAUUCAGCAAAAUAAUAUGCAUUUUUAUAUGAGAUUGAUGUGUUGAAAUGAUUAUAGCCUACGGUACACAAAAUACUUUAUCCGAGUGGAUUCUAAUAUAACGAAUUAACACCCUAGGUCAGCAAACUGAACAUUCCAUUAACAUUUUGCUGAUCGCCUAAAUAUCGAAGAAACUACACUUGCAACUGAAAAGUUUUCCUUGGGUAAAAAUCACCUGACUGUAUUCAGCAAGGGCAUUUAAAUGGAUUUUCACUGAGCUUUAGGGGAAUUUAUAUUUAAUUUGUCCAUGGCCUAACAAAAUGAAAGAGUAAAACAUCCUUUCUUUAUUUUGAUUUGAACUUGCUACGUUUUUUAAACAAAUAUGCGUAUUUAUCAUCGCUAAAAUUAUUGCGAAAAUUAUUAGCGUUGAAAAAGGAAUUUCAACGUCCUUUGAAGUUCUUGUUCUUACUUGUAUUGUGUGGUUUGUAGGUUUGUUUCUUUAUUGCUACCCAGAAGUGUCCUUGCGAUCUCUAACUGAAUUUACUAAUAAAAUUGCAUCUAUUUAAUUCACAAGACCUUAAAUUGUCAAUGAAAUUAUUAUUAUGGUCAACCUUUUAUGAUGAGAUGACCAUGUACAUGCAGUUCUUUGAUAUCAGUCUGUAUGUCGGGAUAGUUUGAUUUGUCUUGAUGAAUUUUGCCCGAAAGUGGGCUAAAACAACGUUUUUGCUUAGUAAAAUAUCAAGUUGGUCCUCCUUUUCCGUAUAUCCAUCAGGAAUUUGCCGUCAUUGCUCACUUUUAAGCCUCCUUUUAGCCCAUUGUGCAAAAAAUCUUUGAAAUGUGCUAGCAUACGCCCGCGUUUUCUUGUUAAAACCGCGGGACCGGUGGCACGGUCAUGAGGCACACGUGGUUUUGAUAGGUUGUUUUAGUACGAUCGUUCCUUUCUCGUAAGUCCGACAAGUAUCACCAGUGUGUGAAGAAGCGCCUCCUGUUUGACUGCCCUGUGAAAUGCUCUGAUAAAACCAACCUAUCUGAAGAUGCCUGGUUGUUACAAGUGUGGGAAACCCGGUCAUAUAUCGCGGGAUUGCACAGCGUCAG